UGUAGGAUAAUGAAAAAUUGGCAAAAGAAAAUCUCCUUUCCGAGUCCUGGCGCUGCGAGGAGUGUUUGGGCACUGCCAGGACCAUUCAGUGGAUUGCCAGAAGACCAUCACAACGAAGAGGAACAAACACCUACAGAUGAAAAGGCAGAUUCGGAAGCUGGCAUCGAAAUUGAUAUCUUUGAUGUGAUAAAAUCGGGUGAAUUGUGCGAAGUUGAGAAACUUGUGGAAAAACUAGGUUCAGAAAUUCUAAGUGCCCGUGAUAAGCAUGGCUAUACGCCAGCACAUUGGGCCGCCCUCGACGGCAACGUCGAAAUUAUGCGAUAUCUAGUGGAACGAAACGCUCCUGUUGAUUUACCAUGUUUGGGAACUCAGGGACCACGGCCGAUCCAUUGGGCUUGUCGGAAAGGACACGCGUCAGUUGUGCAAAUCCUACUAUCAUCAGGGGUACCUGUGAAUGCGGUAGAUUUUAAAGGUCUCACACCACUUAUGACUGCCUGCAUGUACGGAAGGAUAGCGACAGCUGCCUACUUACUCGGCAUGGGUGCACAACACAGUCUUCAAGAUAUUAACGGGGAUACAGCUUUACAUUGGGCAAGUUACAAAGGUCACGCCGAUCUAAUUAGACUUUUAAUGUAUUCGGGCGUGGAUUUACAAAAGACAGACAACUUUGGGUCGACGCCACUGCACUUGGCCUGCCUUUCGGGUAACAUUCAAUGCGUACGGAUCCUGUGCGAGAAGCGCGGCCUCAAUCUCGAGCCCAAAGACCAAAAUGGCAAAACACCAAUAAUGCUUGCUUACUCACACCAAAAUAACGAAGUCGUUAAAUUGUUGCACAAUAAUUUGAAGAAAAAGAGUCGCUUCAUGCCUGGCAUAUCAGAGCUUUGGGGAUGGCUGUUUGGCGGUGCGGGUAAUUCACGAGGACCGUUAUUCCUGUUUUUCUUUUCCGUUUUACUUUGGGGCUAUCCCAUGUACGUCAUAAGGUGCAUUCCCAUCACAUGGAAUCUCCUGCGACGCUCACACUACGUGUUCAUCUACUGGAAUGUCGUGAUGUGGAUCAGUUGGCUCGUCGCGAACCGCAAAGAUCCCGGACGAAUUCCCCUCAAUUCAGACACAUAUUAUCGUGCGAUCAAACAAAUUCCCUAUUUUGAUAAAUGGAAAAAACGCAAUAUCAUAUUAUCACGUUUGUGUCAUAGUUGUCGUUGCUUAAGACCCCUAAGGGCAAAGCAUUGUCGAAUUUGCAAUCGAUGUGUUUCAUAUUUUGAUCAUCACUGCCCAUUCAUCUACAAUUGUGUAGGUUUAAGAAAUCGCGUCUGGUUCUUCUUAUUUGUGUUAAGCGUGGCGGUUAAUUGUUCGUUCACAAUUUAUUUUGCUUGCUACUGUGUAAUGAUUGAAGGUUUUACUCUCAUAUAUGUGCUUGGGCUUCUAGAAGCUUUUGUAUUCUGUGGCCUAGGAUGGAUUUUAACAUGCACUUCGAUACUACAUGCCUGCAUGAAUUUAACGACAAACGAGAUGUUCAAUUACAAACGUUACCCGUACUUGCGUGAUAAACGUGGCCGUUACUCAAACAUUUUUUCACGUGGUGUUGCUUUAAAUCUUUUUGAAUUUUUUGUGUGUUCGCCGAAGCAAGAGGAGGAGGACGAAUUGAUGCUGGAGGCGGAGCAACUUUGAAAAUUAGCCACAACUCGAUCGAAUUGUAGUAGUUUGUAUAAAUUGAAUCAAUCAAAGUCCAUGCUAAUUUAUUAUAAUAAUGAGCAAGCACAAGAAGAACAACAACAACAACCAUUUCCCCACAACAACAACAACAACAAGCGACAUACAACAAGUCUUAGUGAUAAUAAUAAUACCAUUAAUAAUUAUACAACUAAAAAUAAUAAUAUUAAAAAUAAGAAACAUUCUAGUAUCGGGCAGCAACAACACAAAAAUGGUCCCUAUUUUUAUAUUAUGCAAGCUCGUUCUAGUUCAU